UCGUCAAGAGGGGGCGCUGACGCAACAAAGCAGACGUCUGUUGGUAAGACGCGAAGAAGACCUCCGACCGACCGUAUCCAAGGAGACCACUGACCCGAGCCGCCGCUCGCUGCGCAGUGCCGACAGGCAAAGAACAACGAGAUGUCAUUUUUAAUCGACUGGAUCUACAGGGGCUUUAGUAGUGUUUUACAGUUUUUAGGUCUGUACAAGAAGAAUGGGAAGCUGGUUUUCUUGGGCCUGGACAAUGCUGGUAAAACAACGCUGCUGCACAUGUUGAAAGAUGACCGACUCGGCCAACAUGUACCGACACUGCAUCCAACCUCUGAGGAGCUGACAAUUGGUGGCAUGACAUUUACUACAUUUGAUCUGGGAGGACACGUACAAGCACGGAGAGUGUGGAAGAACUACCUGCCGGCUGUGAACGGAGUCGUCUUCCUCGUAGACUGCGCAGAUCAUGACAGACUCCAAGAAUCCAAGACUGAACUCGAUGCCCUCCUAGGAGAUGAAACCAUAGGUAACGUGCCGGUGUUGGUGUUGGGUAAUAAGAUCGACCGUCCAGAGGCCAUCAGCGAAGAAGGACUCCGCGGAGCUUUUGCUCUUGAUGGUCAAGUCACAGGAAAGGGAAAUGUGUCUUUGAAGGAGCUGAGCAUUCGACCGCUGGAGAUCUUCAUGUGCAGCGUGUUAAAGAGACAAGGCUACGGGGAAGGUUUCAGAUGGUUAUCGCAGUACAUCGACUGACACUCUUGCGGGACUGAAGCGCCGACCGGGAGGGAUUCUUCUUGACAAAGAAUUUGUAUCUUUGCCAGCGAACGUCUCUUCGCCAAUGUCAAUCAGCCCAAAUUUCAAAAUCAUUUAUUCAGGGUUUAAAGGUUCCUAUGCAAACUUUUAAAAGCGGUUUGUGGUGAACUGUCCUACGUGUUCUAAGAGUUGAUGUGAGGGUUGUCCAAUUGCGUGGCAUGUUUAUUAGAUUACGUCAUAGCCGAUUACAGAACUGUACGUGUGCAGAAGACAUUGAAGACAGUUUUGCUUUAUUUAUUAUUCAAUAGCUUGAGAUAGAAUUUAUGCGGAAGUGAGAGAUGAAGUUUAAGGUGGUAACUAGAUUAUUGCUCUUCUGACAUCAGAUGGUCAGGUUCAGAUUUUAAAGCCGAUAAUUACACAAACAACUAAUUUAGUUUAUUUGAUCUAAUGGUUCGCAGCAACCGCCUUCAAAGAAUUUAGCCAAAGAGGUUCGCUAAUUACUUUUUUUUAGCAGGGAGAGAGAUUGAACUUCAACAAAAAGAUUUCUUCUAAUAACGCAAAUCCCCUUUAGGAGUGCUAAAAAAGGAGAAAACGUCCCACGAAUAAAGGCUGACACGAUGACGUAAACAAGUUGAGCAGCUGACUGAUGAGCGUGUUGUGAUUAAUGUGCUGCUCACUUUUCAGUGUCCUGGUGGAGAAUUGGCUUGUUUAUCUCCACUCUGACAUGUGUUGAGCCAAAGUGAAGGCAGCUAAGUUGAAGUGAGCUGGUCGGACCGAAAGAGAAAAAGAGUCUUUAUUAUCUCUUGACUUUGGGAGCUUCGUACAGAAUGUCUACGGCUUUGAGUGGCUGCCGUUGCUUUAUUAAAGCGCGGAGGCAGUGGGAAUGAGCUGCUCUUGAAAUGUCAGGGAAGCAAAAGAAGAAGGAACAACUGUACUGUGGCAGAGACUUCACUCCACUGCAUCUGACAGCAGGAAAGAUUAUACAUAGUCCUGAGUCUGUUCAUCUUUUCAAGAAAUAUUCACUGGUACUGCAUAAAACACAGUGUCUCAAAUCUCUGCACGGCUUUUGGUUCCAGUUUUACAAUUUUGAGUCAGCAACAUUUUAAAUGAGACAUAAGUUAGUGGCAAUUUUCAGGUUUUUUAAUAUUAGAGCCUAAUAUAUAUAUAUAUAU